AUGAAGCCUGCCGAACUCAACUACAGCGUGUCCAAACAAGAGUUAUUGGCCAUCAAAUACGCGCUGAACGCGUGGAAGCAUUAUGUGGAUAAUGGUCAUCAAACAACGAUUCUGACUGAUCACCAGAACCUAGAGACCAUUCCUCGCACAAAGGUGGCUUUGAAGCGACUAGCACGCUGGUUAGACGAGUUUGGAGAAGUAGAUCUCGAUAUCAAGUAUCGUCCCGGCAAAGAGAAUGCUGCCGCUGAUGCGAUUUCGAGAAGAGCAGACUGGGUCAACAGUCUGAAUGAGGUACCUUCGACGCUCAGCGAGUUGCGUCGAUGGUCCCUAAGUAAUGCCACGGAACCAAUGCAGACCAUUGCGUCCGAGGUUUCGCAGUGGCGGUACAACCCCCGCGACGGUAAGUUGUACCACCAAAUUGCGGGUUCAGCAGCGGAGGACGAUCUCUUUGCGCCGUAUGUUGAGCCAAAGGACAGGCCUACGGCGCUGUGGGAAGUCCACGGAGAGGGGGCUCAUUCAGGGUGGAGACGCCUGAAGGAUAUGUUUGUCAGCCAUUACUGGUGGCCGCGCCAACUCGCAGACUUGGAGGCAUUCACCAAGGCAUGCCCCACUUGCCAGGUGCACAAGUCUACGGCACCAAACACCAUCAACGAACACAAGCACGUCAUUGCCAGCAAAACUCUCAGACCAUUUUACCGAUGGGGAAUUGACCACGUAGGUCCCUUUGACAAGUCAAUUAAUGGAAACAGGUACUUAAUCUGCGCAGUAGAUUACGCGACUUUGUGGCCUAUUGCACGAGCAGUUCCCAAUGCAAGUAGCGAACAUGUACUUCGUUUCCUGCUCGAAGAGAUCUACCCCGUCUUCGGCCUGCCCAAAGAGAUUUUUAGCGACAAUGGUAAAGCAUUCUUGGCCAACGUGGUCACGGAACUAUUCCUACAAAGUGACACCAGGCAUCGAAUCGCCACGGCUUACCACCCGCAAACGAAUGGUAAGACCAAAGCGUUCAACGGUCAAAUGAAGAGGAUGCUCAAAACGUUAAUGUUUGAAUGA